GAUGAGAAGGGCCAAGCAGAGUGUCUCAGAGACACAGUGCUGAACCUACUAGAAAAAAGGAACUCACCUAGAAGGUUAGGGUCAGAUGUGGGACCUUACCAAGCUUCUGUGGUCAGGUGACUGGUCAGAAGACCUGGGUAUCUUGGCUCCACCUUUAACUUGCUGUGUGACCUUGGGAAAGCCACUUAACCUCUCUGAACCUCAAUGUUGCAGCCAUCAAGCAGAGAACUAACCAUCCCCUCACAGGGUUAUUGUAAGGACGAAUGAAGUAGGACGCCAGGUGAGAAGGUUUUGUCCAUGUGAGUUGUGGUGGAAAACUACACACCUGUUAGUUGGCAAUAAUGGAUCAUGGGUUCUGACAAAGGAUCUGCCUGGUGGACUGAGCGACCUUUGCUCACAGGUGAGAGCCAUCUAGAGGUGAGCACGUUUUUGACUUUUCAGCAUGUUGGUUGGCUGCUAUGUAGCAGGAGCUCAAGUCGGUGAUGGGGUUUUGUUUUGCUUUGUUUUAAGUAUUUAUUUGGCUGUUCUGGGUCUUUGUGGCUGCCCGCCGGCUUUCUCGAGCUGCAAAGAGUGAGGGCUGCUCUGUGAUUGUGGUGCCUGAGCUUCUCAUUGCGGUAGCUUCUUUUGUGCAGCACAGGCUCUAGCACGCUCAGACUUCAGUAGUUGUGGCGCCCAGGCUUAGCUGCUCCACGACAUGUGGAAUCCUAUUUUCCCUGGCCAGGGACUGAACCCACGUCCCCUGCCUGGCCAGGUGGAUUCCCAACCACUGGACCCCCAGCGAAGCCCACUGAUGGGGGUUUUGCUUCAGGCUCUGGGGCAGGAGCUGCUGUCUCCUGGGCAGAAAAGCUGUCUUGCUGGAAGUCUUGGCAUAAACAGGGCCCAGAGGAGACCCGGCCUUGGUAGGUGGGCUCAGCCCAUCCUGGACAAACUUAAAGCCUCAAUAACAAGUGUCCCCCAUGAUGAAGAUGCCCACCUCAGACCUGGAGGCCCAUCCUCCCACCACUGGUCCUCAGGGCCUGGAAUCCAGGUCAGUCCCACCCUGGUCCUUUGCAGCUAGUAGGGCUUCAGGGGUGGAACCUACUGGAUGCCUUGCCUUUUCUCCUGGGCGGCCUCUGCCCAGGAAGUCCCAGCACUGGGGGGAGGUCUAGGAAAAAUCUCCCUGCCUUUUGAGGGGGAGGCGGGACGGGGGAUGAGAAACUUUGGCGAUUCGGUAGAUGGCUCUAGACUGGGCCAGACACUCUCAGGGGCGGCGUGCAGAGGGUUUGUGCAAACAUCUUCUCGCCGGAGGAAAAGGAAUGCAAGAGGCGGCCGCCUGCGGUACAUCUUGGACCGUUCGAAGGAUGUGCUGACACUUGUGACCCACAGUGAGAAAGAUGAGGCCAGAGCCGAGCUGGGCAGGGUCCCGGAGGAGGGCAGUGAGCCCCCUGCCCGGAGCCCACGUGCUAUUCAUGGACACCCCUGCCACCCGGGGGGCUGGGCCUCUCUCCUCCCCUCGCAAGCCGGCUCGCUGGACCCCUGCGAGGCCCUUCCUGGCCCUGCUGUUUCUGGUUUCCAUCAAACAAGUUACAGGAUCUCUCCUUGAGGAGACAACUCGGAAGUGGGCUCAGUACAAAGAGAAGUGUCUGAGAGACUUACUCAAGGAAACUUCUGGCGCAGUCUGUAAUGGGACCUUCGAUCAGUAUGUGUGCUGGCCUCAUUCCACUCCUGGAAAUGUCUCUGUCCCCUGCCCUUCCUACUUACCUUGGUGGCGUGAAGAGAACUCAGGAAGGGCCUACAGAUACUGCCUGUCUCGGGGUGCUUGGCAGACACUGGAGAACUCCACGGCUGUUUGGCAGGACAACUCUGAAUGCGCCGAGGAUCACAGCUUCAAACAAAAAGUUGAACACCGCACCUUGCUGUCGAUACUGCAGCUGUUGUACACGGUGGGCUACUCUCUCUCCAUCGUCUCGCUCUUCCUGGCUCUCACCCUCCUCUUGUUUCUUCGAAAACUCCACUGCACACGUAAUUACAUCCACAUGAACUUGUUUGCCUCUUUCAUCCUGAAAGCCCUGGCUGUGCUGGUGAAAGACGUCAUCUUAUACAAAUCUUACUCCAAGAAGCCCAACAGUGAGAAAGGGUGGCUGUCCUACAUGUCGGAGAUUUCUGCCUCCUGCCGCUCGGCCCAGAUCCUUUUACACUACUUUGUGGGCACCAAUUAUUCAUGGCUGCUGGUCGAAGGCCUUUACCUUCACACCCUGCUGGAGCCCAUAGUAUUUUCAGAAAGGCGGCUGUGGCCCAGAUACCUGCUGGUGGGUUGGGCCUUCCCGGUGCUCUUCGUUGUGCCCUGGAGCAUUGUCCGUGCCUGGCUGGAGAAUACAGGGUGCUGGGGAAACAAUAAGAAUAAGAAAAUCUGGUGGAUCAUCCGAGGACCCAUGAUGCUUUGUGUAACGGUCAAUUUCUUCAUCUUCCUGAAAAUUCUCAAGCUUCUCAUUUCUAAGCUCAGAGCUCAUCAAAUGUGCUUCAGAGAUUAUAAAUACAGAUUGGCCAAGUCCACACUGGUUCUCGUCCCUCUAUUGGGUGUUCAUGAGAUUCUCUUCUCUUUCAUCACUGACGAUCAAGUUGAAGGAUUUCCAAGACUUAUACGACUCUACAUUCAAUUGACCCUGGGCUCCUUCCAUGGGCUACUGGUGGCCUGGCAGUAUUGCUUUGCUAAUGGAGAGGUAAAGGCCGAGCUGCGGAAGCAGUGGGCCCGGUUCUUGCUAGCCCACCACUCAGGCUGCAGAGCCUGGGUCCUAGGGAAGAACUUCCGAUUCCUGGGGAAAUGUCCCAAGAAGCUCUCGGAGGGGACCAACUCUGGGUCGCUGCAGAAGGCACAGCCCUCGCCCGGUGGUGGGCGGCUCCUGCACUUGACCCGGGAGGGCCUAGGGGUGGUGGGCGCCCCGCCCCGUCAAGGCCACGUAGCCUGGCCCCGCGGCAGCAGCCUGUCGGAGAGCAGCGAGGGCGACUUCACCCUGGUGCACACCAUGGAGGAGAUCUUCGAAGAGAGUGAGAUCUAGGCAGGAGCCCACUGCACCAGUUCCCGGGGACUCCUGAGCACUUGAGGGGGGCAGCAGCCAAGCUGGAUGAUGCAGGCUGAGCAUCCUUCCAGCGCACCCAGCUCUCUCCUGAUGCCACGACUCUUUCCAGGCUUUCCAUGCUCCAUAGACAGAGGCUGCAUACCCUCACCACUUCUGCCUGCCCUUGUCAUCCUCAUCACCCCCGCAGGUGUGUUUUCCGGAAUGACCACCAGCCUCCCAGGCUGACCCCAAAUUCGAGUGCCUGGAACCUGAGGACUCAGAGAGAUGUCUGCUCGGAAACAGAGGCCAGCGCUUCCCUUCCUUUCCCCUUCGUGGCACCAGGUGUCCACCUGAAGUCAGGAACAGGGUGUCCCAGGACCACCUGCCAAGUGUUUCACAUGCAGAGUCUGACUCAUUCAUGGCAAAGAUACUGAGAGAUGCACCUGAGCACUUAGAUGGCUGGUGAUGGGAUUUGUAUAACAAGCAGCCCAGGUAAUUCUGCUGCAAGCCUACAUUUUGAAAAUCCAGGGCAGGAUGCACUGGAACUAGAAGCCCCUCUGAGCUGGCCACUGGUCCAGUGAGGCCUGCGGCAUUCUGCAUUCAGCGGUUAGGCUGUGACCUGCCUGCCCUCCUCCUCUGACAGUGCGGAUCCCACUCCAUGGAAGUUCUGUUUGACCCGAGACAAGCCCAUCCUUCCUUGGAGUGUUGGCCCCAGCUCCCAGGGCCCCUCUCAAAGUUGCCAUUGGUGGUUUUCUCACCUUUCUGGCCCUACCUGCCUUUCUGAGCUUGACUUCUUCAAGCCUCACUUGUCUAUUGUUCUCUGCCAUGGUUGGUUUGCCAUCAAUGGCUGUACCUGCUUCCCUGGGAGGUUUACCCACUGCUCUCCCUGGCCCAAGUCCCCACUGAUAAGAAUUCUACUUCUCCUAUGGAAAUUAUGCUAAGAGCUGGAGGGUACCCAGCUGAAAUGAGAGGACUGUGGGUGAUCUGGACAUGUCAAGGGGGUGCUGAGGGGGCAAGGGCUAGGGAAUCCGGUAUGCUGAUGGGGAAUGAGUUGUGCUGCAGGCCCUGAGUGGAGGAUGUUUCUGGAGGCAGAGGAGGGCCCAGGCUUAGGGACAAGUUCAGUGACUGAAACUGUAAGACGAGAGGCUGAGGAAGGUCAAAGGAGGAAUGCUCUAUGGAAACACAGAGCAUAUGGUGUUGGUGUUUAGGAGUGUUGCUUUUAUAAUAUGUGAACUGUACGUGAGUGGGUGGGCAGGAUAUAUUGCUGUUGGGCCAAAUCCUGCCUUAUUUUAGGGGGACGGAGGUAUGAUGCUUAUCAAGUAUGGUUGCCAGAUUCAGCAAUUAAAAAUAUACAAUCCUCAAUUAAAUUUGAAUUUUGGAUCAAUGAAUAAUAGUAUUGUCUAAGUAUAUCCCAUGGGAUAUAUUUUAUGUGAAAUUCAAGUCUAACUGCACAUCUGGUAUGUCACCUGGCAACUCCAUGGUCAAGGACACUUGGCAGCAGGACAGGGACCAGGGUGAGGCAAGUGAGGAACUCAGUUCAGGUGCAAAAUGGGAGAGAGAACUAAAAAUAAAAACAACAAUACUCCACAAUCGUCAAGUACUAUUUUAAUGCGAUAAAAAAAGCAACAACAAUUCCGUGAGCUACAGCCCAUGGCCCAUUCAUUAAAAGGAUAUUUUAUUGGAACCAGGCCAGGAUGAGGGUGGAGUACAUGGGACCAUGAGAUAGAAAUGCAGUCUGGUGCUGACUUUAAAAAUUUUUUGAGGAACUUCCCUGGUGGUCCAGUGGUUAAGACUCCAUGCUUCCACUGCAGGGCGUGUGGGUUCUAUCCUGGUUGGGGAACUAAAAAUCCUGCAUGAUGCAGAAAGCAGCCAGAAAGAAAUUUUUUAAAAAAAAUAUUUUGCUCAUAAUGGACAUUUUAACAUUAAUUUUUAUUUUGAAAUGAUUACAUCAAAGUAUUAUUUAUGUUGAUUACUGAGCUUUUGGUCACCCACCUUAAAUUUUGCACCUGAAGUGCCCGUCUUCCCCUCCCCCGAGUCCUGGCUCUGCUCUGCACCAGAGGAAACUGAAGCAAUGACCUUAGGCAAGUACAUAACAAAGGUUUCUUUUUUGUGUCCAGAUUAUCCACAAUUCAAUCACUAAGAUAUAUGCCCUAGUUAUUUUGUUCUGUAAAAGUCUCUUGUUUCUCACUGGCUUAUUAGCACCUAGAAAGUUGGGCUGUGUGAAUUCCUAGCUGGUUCCCAGCAUAGCUGGUUGAGAACAGGUUCAGAACACAUCCAUCAAAGGAAACAAAGAAAUGUCUCAGGAGCACUGGAUGCUAUUGAGAGUCAGUUAUUCAGGGCCCUGCCAUUUAUAAAAGGGACUUUUUAAAAGUGUUUGUAAUUAAGUGAUCCCCACUCACUCCACAAAUGGGGUGCCACACACAUCAGACUGCUUGCUAUUGUUAUGCUAAUGAUUAAAAUAAGUUUUUAAAUUUGAUAUGUGUUUUGUCUAUUCUUUUCCAUUGGU